AUGACCCUACAUCCUGGGAUGUAUCCUUCUCCCUCACCCCCUGGUGUUAAACUGCCACCCUGCAAACAAGGUGCCACAACUGAACACUGGCCCAUGCCAGAACUCACAGUGCUUUCCCUUCCCAGCCACACACCGCUGAUCAACUGUCAGCCAUGGACUGUACAUCUCUGGCCGCCACCACACUCAUUGACGACCUCUCAAGGUCCCCCUCUCUCUCCUUUUCUGAUGUGCUCCAACCUGCACCUGCCUGGAAUGCCAAAGGCCGUCUACAUGUGUCUUAAGGUUGAUGAAGACCGCACUGGGGUGCCAAAAGUCUUCAGUGACAAGACUCUGCUGCGAUAUGAUGGAAAAAUCAGCUUGCCCAGCAUUACAUCUGGCACCCGCCUUGAGAGUGGCAGCAUACACCCAGUUGGUGAUGGUCUAUAUCGAGAGAUCAUGAGAUGUGUCUAUGCUGAGAAUGGACAUGCUAUUGUGGAGGUGGCUACCUUUUGUGACGGAGCUGGGGGGAAAGGGAGAGUUGGGGAGAUACCAUCCUUCCUGGUGUCCCUCCCAGCCAUUUUGGUGGACAUGCCAGUUGAAGAAGUCUCAAUAUGCUGGACCUUCUGGGAUCUCCUCACUUUUCCUCUAGACCCUUGCCCCCCUAGCUGGGCAGCCCCCCUCCAAAUCCUUGUCAUGGUCCCACCAAAACUCCUGUUGUUGAUGCCCACCUUCCCUACCAAAUACCACUACCGCACAAGGGGCACAUCCACUCUUUACAAUUCACCCAAUUGCAACAACCCUUUGCUCUUUGAGUGGACCUCCCUGUUGGGACAGAAAGCCUUUGGCUUUCACCCAUCCUUUGCGCUCUCAAGGUGCACCCACAAGCUUUCCCAUGCAGAGAGUUUUGCCACUCUUGGAGUGGACCUCCCUGUCAGGACGGAAAGCCUUUGGCUUUCGCCCAUCCUUUGUGCUGUGCGCAGUCUGUCCACUUUCUCUUUGAAAGGACAUUACAUGCUUCCUUCAGUCCUAGACUAUGUAGUACCUUAG